AUCCUUUUGACACUAAUCCAGUGUUCUCGGUCGAUUAUGAUCGAUACCGAGUAGUCUCCGGUAGCUCAAUGCAUGGAUUGAUCCGUUUAUGGGACAUGAGAUACUAUAAAUCUCCUGAUGAUUAUUCUGGAACUCUAAAAAAAGGAGCAGUCAGAGAUGGAUGGUCAAUAUUCUUAGGAAAAUCGCAGAAUUCGCCCGUUUAUUCGUUACAAAUGUCACAUUCAAGAUUGGUUGCUGCUCUAGCUAAUCAAACGUGGAUGUUAGAUUUUGGCUGUGGCGGACUUUCGAGUCCAGAUUCUCCUCAUCCCAAUUUUCAUCGGUCACGACAUAGAUUAUCAGGUGAAAGGAGAGGGAUUAACGCACCAUUGUAUUAUUUGCAUCAAGAAUGGAACAAAAUAUACGAAGCAUGGUCGUAG